AUGCGUACAGACCCCCGCAUCCGCCAAUCACUAAACCGCAUCUCGACCUCUCUCGAGAACGCAUCGGACAACGCUCGCACGGGCUGCUUCACGUUUGCAAAGUCAUGUUUGGACCCUUGUCUAGCCUCUUUGUCAAAUUGCCUACCCCAGCAACGGCCACACAAUACACAUCACCACAGACGGGGCGGACGCAGCGAGUACCCUUUUGGGUUCUAUGAUUACGACGAUUACUCGGAUGAGGAGACGUCCCGGCGGGGUGGUGGGUUUCUGGCCUGGGGGAAUGAUGAGUUAGAUCGGUUACUCGCUGGCAGUGGAGCUGGAGACGGAGGCGGUGGUGGAAGCGGUGGCAGUGGUGGGUAUCGGGGGGCUGGAGGGGGAAUGUACUACGGAUCUUCAGCAUCAACAAGUGCCGUUGGAGCCCUCAGCGGGAAGAGGAAGUGUAAUUUGCCAAACGAAUCGGAUCCUACGGUGAUACCCACGACAAGUAUGUUCGGCUUCCUAGCCCGCUUCGCAAGUUUCCGCGGCCGUGGCCUGCGGUAUAAACCCUCUGCCGCAAACCUUCAAGAACACCCACAGCGCAACACCGGCCUGACAGCCGUAGAGGAAGAAUCUGGUCGGGACCGCUCGAUCAGCCCCGGCAUCGGAGGUGGAAGAGGAGAGGCUGGCGGGGGACGAAGGCGCAGCGCUACGAAUAGCUCCGGCGAAAGCGCCGGCGAGAGUCUGCGUAGUCGGGGGGACUUGUGGCCUAGCGAGGACGACGACGACGCAAUACCUAUCGGCGACGACUUCCUUGGUAAUACCACAGACGACAAUCUAGUCGUUGUCUGCUCCCGAGACGAGGAAUCACCAUCCCCACCGCCACCGCCGGACGGUGACGCACUGCGCCUCGAAGAACAAACCGCCCGGGAACAUGGUGAAUUGGAGAUUGGGGGGAAACAGGAGGCGGUGAGGAAACUUGCGAUACAGAGGGGCUUGGCCGCUUCCCCUGUGAGCUCCCCUCACAAAAUAAUUCAUAUAUGCGUGAUUCUCUAACAAUUGUGUAAGAAAAGGACCCAGCUUCAGCCCCACUCCCGUCCUCAGGAUCAGUCUCGAAGACCGUCUCUCUGAGGUCUGCAUUGAUGACCGACGCCCCACAGUCCCCGGUUAGCAUGAGGUUAUCCACCCCCUCCCCGCCGCCAUUCCCCCCAGAGCCACUGAGGAGGGAGAAGGUCGAUUCUGCUUCCACUCCUUCGCUAUCCCCACAACCACCGCCUGCGGGAGCGGGCUUGGCAAAGGAGGGUACGAGCAAAGCGGUAAAGGAGUUUGUAGGAGUUGGUGAGGUGGGCGGAGUAUAAUCGACCUUCUCUAUUCCCCCUUCAUCCUUUAUACUUGCGCUGCUGGCCCACUUCACUUUACCCGUGUUUGCAUUCUCUUUUUCGUUUUCUCCUUUCAACGUGCAAAAAUCACCAAACGACAAAACUACAAAAAUAACAGAAAAUCGGUGUUCAGGGCAGGUUGGGAGAUUGAUUGGCUUCGGAGUUUGCUUUUUUCCCCUGUUUUUUCUGCUUUGUUCGCAUUUCCUCAUGCAUGCUGGCCUGGUCUGGUCUUGUCCAUUUGUUUUCUUUCUUUUGCGUUACUUUGGAGGUGGUGUAGGGUAGGACGUAUGAGGAAACGGUGCUCUGAUGGAUGGGUUGAUAUAUACUUGAAGAGUUAUGAUAACUACUGUACCGUAGUCUAAAUUAGCAUGAAUUAAAAGGAAUUGGAUACUUG